AUGGAUGAUAAUAAACUAUUAACAUUAGCUAAUGGGCAAUCAACCGUAUCACGUUGUGGAAUGAUUUAUGUUGAUCCAGAUAAUUUAGGUCCAUAUUCAAUACGGAAACGUUGGUUAAAUAUGAAUUUAACUGAUCGAUCAAAUGAAAAAGAUCAAUUAGAUUUACUUUAUGAUCGCUAUACAAAAAAUACCAAGAAUGAAAAUGAUUGUUCCAUUGUAAGUAGACAAAAAAAGAAUGUUAUUGUUCUUAGAACUCAAGUGAAUAUUAUUGUACAAUUAGCAAAAUUAUUUGAUUCAUUAUUUUUACCAUUAAUUAAUCAUGAGAAAAAAGAUCAAUUAGAAUUAAAUUCUGAUAAAAUUCAUGCUAUAUUUCUUCAAUCAUUUAUUUUGUCAUUUGGUGUUUGUCUUAAACAAGAAAAAUGGAAUGAUCUUAUUCCAAAAUAUGAACAUAAUCGAUCAAAACGAUCUACUGAAUUACUUGUUCCAGCUAUUAAUACAAUUCGUUUAGGUAUGAUAAAAACAAAAAAACAAUGGUUAAUUAAAUCUAUGAUAAUCAUUCAUCAACCUGUUUUAUUCGUUGGUGAUACUGAAUCGAGUAAAACAGCAACUAUUCUAUCUUAUAUUGAUAAUUUUGGUUCACAAUAUAUAAGUUUAAUUUGA